AGGCAGGCCCAAGCCUGGGACCAAUGUCAAUCCUGAGACCAACACCAAGCCCAAGCCUGGCCCACUAGUCUGGUCGGGUUUGGUAGUAAUUCAGCUCCCCAUCGGUGUCCCUCUCAGUCGCAGUUCGCAAGAGCAACAGCAGCAACAGCUAUAAUGGCGUCCUUGCUCAGGCACCCAGCUCUUCGCAUUCCCAAAUCCCUCUUCUCCACCGCCGCAGCGGCUGCCACCAGGACCCCGCAGCCGCCGCCGCUGCCGCCACCGUUUCCCGCCUUCCGCGCCGCCAGGUCCGCCAUCCUCUCCGAACGAGACCCUGAGAAACUCACCAAGCUGUUCGAGCAAUGCUCGGCCUUCGCCACCUUCCGCCGCCACCGCCCUCUAUAUCGCCGCUCCAUCGCCAAGCUCGCGAGAGCCAAGCGCUUGGACCUCGUCGACCGCCUGGUCGGGAACGAAGCUCAGAACUCCGUCUCCAAGACCGAGGGCUUCUGGAUCCGCCUCAUGAUGCUCUACUCUAGUGCAGGCAUGCCCGAGCAGGCCCUCGGAGUCUUCAAUAGCGUCUGCGACACCAAAGCUUGCCCCUUGACGGAGAGGUCUCUCUGCGCUUUUCUCACCAUUCAUCUGAAGAGCAAGUCGCCCGAGAGCUUGAACUUACCCGAGCUUCUCAGGACAGCCUCGGAUAAGAUCAAUCUCAAGCCAACCGCUCAGUCGCUUAAUCUGGUUUUGAAGGCAUUGGUUCAGUGGCGCGACGUCGACUCAGCUGUUAAUUGGGUUAAGGAAAUGGAAACAGUUUGGAAUGUGAAGCCAACUAUCGAAUCUUACACCAUUCUUUUGAGAGCUCACCUGAAAAAUGGAAACUUCAGCGCUUUUGAUGGGGUCGUGAAGGAGAUCGCGAGGAAGAGCUUGGAGUGUAACCUGGCAGCUUACAACCUUAGGAUUAUGAGGUUGUGUAAGGGUAAGGAAUGCGCUAGAGCAAAGAAGCUGUUAGAUGAGAUGCUCGCUAAAGGCAUCGGACCGUCUUCGACUAGUUACAAUGCUAUAAUCGAUGGCAACUGCAGGCUGGGGGAUUUCGAAUCCGCUAAGAAGGUCUUGGACAGUAUGCCUACUCGGCCUUCUUCGCAUCCUUAUUUCAGUUUGAUUCGGGCCAUGGUGAAGGAGGAAGAGUUCGAUUCGGCUUUAGAGGUGUGUAAAGAGAUCAUGAGGAGGAAGUGGAUUCCCCCGUUUGAGGCAACGCAGGGUCUGGUUGAUGGGCUUUUGAAAAUGUCAAGAAGGGAGGAAGCAAAAAUGGUUGUUGAGAAAAUGAAGAAGAGGCUCAAGGGCGAGGCUGUAGGGUCCUGGGCGAAUAUUGAAGCUGCUAUUCCCCUUUAGGAUUCCAUAGAACCAGUGGAAACCGAGGAAUUGGAUCUCUUGCAGUUCAACUCAAUUUUACUGGGUUUUCUCACCAAGGGGGAUUAAGAUUAUAAAAACAGUAUAAAACCUGCGCUGGAGUCGCCAAGAACUAGUCACAGUUAUCGCCUCUCAUCAGCAGUAUCUUAAUUCAUGUCCUGCUUCGAUCAGUAACACCAAGGAGCUGCUUUGACAUCCUCCAGCUGUAGAGUGCAGAACAUGAGCUUGUAGCUCACUGGAGCACUAGAACAUCUGAUGUAGUUCACGAGUUUGAAAUUUCCAUAAUGUUACUGGAACGGUUUUGUUUUAGGCCGAUCGUACUUACUGUUUCUUUUCA